UUUAACUUACGUUUUGUUUUGGCCAAAAAAUUUAAACAAAAUAUCGAAAGUAUUCCAUUCGUUGCGAAAAAAUUUAGAAAAAUGUCAAAUUCGAAAUUGGAAAAUGUCGAAAUGGCCGACGAGUCUAUUGAUAAGAAAAAAAGAAAGUUACCAAGUAAACCAGAGAACAAACAUGAGCCACCAAAAUUAAAUGACAAGAAACUAUUCUACUCUGAAGAGAAUGAAGUAUUAGAACGUGACGUAAUUGAAGAUGGCAAGAUUCAUAAAGAAGUCGUCAUGCAGUUAACAUCUAUCAUGGAUAAGGUCAAUAAGAUCAAAUGUCAGCCAGGUGAUCUGACAGAAGCACAGGAGGAUGAAAUCGAGGCAUUGAAAAUUGAUGGAAUCAUGCAGUUCAUUUCGCUAAGGAAACUUAACAGGCUAGGACAUUUUAGGUGCAAAUGUGUCAGGGAGAUUACUCAAGAUGCAAAGCAGAACAUUGAUGACCACCAUUUAAAAUUGCAAAAUCUCAUAUAUGAAGCCAUGCAUCUUCAGAGAGAAAUCUCUAAAUGCCUUCAGUUCAAAUCAAAGGAUGAGGACAUCUCAUUGAUAUCUGUUCAGGAGUUUUUGAACUCUGUAGAUCCUGAAAUUGCAAAAAAUUUGAUCAAAGAAGGUGAUAGCCACAAAUUGAUGCUAGCAAGAUUAGAUUGGGAACUGAAGAAAAGACUGGAGUUGUCAACCAAACUAACUGACUCUGAGGCCAAGAGGAAAGCUAUUGUCAAUGAGAUAGAAUCAAAGAGACGUUACUUGAAAGCACUGCAGCCUAAGCUGGCAGCCAUAUUGGAGUCUACAAAGCCAGUUGAGCAGGAUUUGAACCUGACCUUCUCAGAAACCUUGACCCAGCAAAAAUUGGCAAGCAGCCUACCAUCUCCUCUAUAUUUUCUCUUUGUACAGGCCUACUCGUUUUCCAAAGCCUGUGACAAGAAUAUGGUGGUCAGUAUACAUGGCGACGUCGAAUUGGCUCAGUCAUUUCAUGCAUCUCCUGCUCUUAUUGAAGAGGAUAGCGAUAGUGAAGACGAACAAGCGGAAAAAAAGACGAAAAAGCACAGGAGAAUGACCAUCGAUGCCAAGCAGCUGAGAAAGCAGCAGCAAGUGAUGAGCAAGCAUCCUUUGUCUGUUGUCGUGGAGAUCAAAUGUCAAGAUAUGGGAAUGAUAAAGCUGACAUUUACCUAUUACACCGUGCUAAAUAUAACAGCCGUCAGGGCUGAUGUUGAUCUAUGUGCGAAGUUUAACUCCUCUGGCGACAGUAAAAUGGAAGUAGAUGAUGCUAACUCACCUGCCACAUUUGAGUCAAGUUCUCAUGACCUCUUCAGUUCCUUAUCCUUCCUCCAAUGCCUGUACGACGUUGAUGACGAUGGCAUUGAAUCACCUGACCCAAAUAACCUUUUCAUUCUCAAUAAAUAUGGAAUAUCCGACCUACCUUCUCACAUAGAGGGCACCGAGCGACCUUACAAGUGGGUUCAAAGGUUAUGCGGCCUGCACACCCUCACAACGUCAUCGUCAUCUUCUCUUACCCCUCGUACUGCCUCGGAUGAUGACGCUAAUGAUGACGUCAUUACUCCCUCCACUAGUAGCACUAAUAGUUGCAGUAGCAAUAUUAAAAAUGAUCACGUGAGUAGGACGAGUUAUAUCGAGAAAAUGGUGAUAUUGAUGAGGAGGAGGAUGAAGCAGAGGUGCCAUCUCUUCCAGCAACUCUAUAGGCUUGAGAAGAUAAACAACAACACAAGUGAGUGCGCGAGGACUUUCAACGAACUACUCCAGCCGUACAAGCAGAAGAUAAUCUGUCGACUGGUCGAAUGGAAACCACUGUCCUAUCAAGAAUAUGUCAACCUACCCCAGAACCAGCACAUUGUAAGCCUUGAUCUUGCCUCCAAUAAGGAUUUUUAUUUCAUGGGUCUGCUGGAAAGAGAGGCGACCAAUAAGAAUCUCCCAUCCAGUGGCUCAACCAAUCAGAAAGUCACGUUAAAAUUUUGUAUUCUGAUUGGUUCAGAUUAUCCUGUGACUCCGCCACUUUUUUCGUUUCUUAUCCAAUGGAAAGAUAUGAAGAGGAUGGCAACCAAUGACGAGGCAGUCAGGGAGAUGGAAUGCGUCGUUAACACCCAGAUGACGACGGCCAGUGAUGUGCUGAUCAGUCAGAUAGUAGGGAUGUGCUCCUGUUUCGACGUCUACCUUGAAACGGGAGGAGUCGUGGAACGCUGCGCUGGGGCCAACGUAGGUGAAGAUGGUCAAGAAGAUGGUCCUGAUAAGUCCGCCAGUGACACUCUGCUGGAUGAGAAUUAUACCUGCCUGGUUGAUAGCCAGAAAACCUUUUUGAGGAUUGCAAAGGGACCGACCAGAUCAAAGCCAUUCAAGUUCAACAACCAACUGGGCUUCUACACUCAUUAUUAAUUUAUGAUGUCAGAUACACACACACACACACACACACAGAGAGAGAGAGAGACAGGACAGAGAGAAGAGAGAGAGAGAGAGAGAGAGAGAGAGAAAGAAAGACACAGACACACACAGAAUGACACAGACGUAUUUUGCAGACAGAAUAUUUUAUCAUUCUUAAGAUUAUGAUAUUAAUUUGAACGUGGAAAUGAAGAAUUAUUCCUUAGUUA